AUGGUUUCUGUGGUAGUCCCAUUUCCGUGUUGCUAUGUCUCAAGGAUUCUGGUUGGGAAUGGGAUCUUUUCCUUGGCGUUGUCCUACCGUCAUACCUCCAGGGCUAUCACACCCUUGGAGUCCAGUGUGUCCGGUGUGCUUGGGCCUUUCGGAAAAUACUGUCACACUCCAAGGUUGGUCAAAACUGUAAAACUGUACCGCGAUGAGAAUGGCUUCUGUCUUGUCGUUACCUCGCCCCGAAUCGGCGAGAAGAUUGAUCCCGAUCGCCCUCUUACGAUCAAAUGGCAAUCUGUCCUGACCGAUCCUCCUACCUUCAGCAUCGAGCUGGUCAAUCAAAAUGUGUAUCCCCCAACAACCGAAGUCGUCGCGCAAGACGUCGAUUCCUCAAAGGGCUCGUACACGGUCAAAGCCAAGUCCUUUACUGAUGUAGACGUUGGAAAGGGAUAUCAGAUCAACUUCCUUUCUGACAGCAACGGAAUUUUAGCUCAGUCUCAGCAAUUCGGUUUGACUGCACCUGGGGCCCUCUCUAGCUCAAGCUCUGGUAAGGAAUCUAGCACUGCGAGUGAAACUUCGUCUGGGUCGACCUCCAUGCUUUCUUCCACAGCGUCGACAAGUGAGAUCACCUCUUCGACUUCUGUUUCCUCAACUGCUUCUUCUAUUUCUUCGACUACUUACUCUCCCACCAGUGCGUCUACCCCUACUUCGUCUAAUAUAUCUUCUACUGCUGUCUCUACCCCUGCAACUUCUUCUAUGAUGAGCUCUACUCCAAGUGGGUUGACCUCUUCCUUUUCUUCCUUUUUUCACAGCAUCUUCUAUACCAACACUGUCUGUUGCCACAAUGCUUACGACUUCUACGUCUUCGCCAGCCUCUUCAUCAGCAUCUACACCUACCAUCUCUUCCACAAGUUCAUUCAUGUCUACAUCUUCACCUACAACAACAUCAUCUAUGACAGCAACUACUUCUUCCACCAAAUUAUCUUCCACCUCAUCAAUCUCUGCAUCUCAUUUUUCCUCGACAUCUAUUCCGAGCACAAACUCUUCUACUUCAUCUCAUUCCACUCCAUCUUCCACAUCCCAUGCCCGCUCAAGCACUACCCGUGGUUAGUAAUGCAGGCAGCUUUAGCUGUCAAAAUAAAACUUCACUUCCACCGACACAUUGCUAUCCUGGGACUAACUUACUCCAUAGAGUCCAGCUCAACCAUGAGUUCGAGUACGAUGUCCAAGACCCAUACCUCCACAUCGACGACUACCCACCACACGACUUCUACCAAGACCUCAACCGCGACCGAAUCAGCGACUACCACCUCGAACGCCGCUGCUAUCCUUCUACCCCCUGCCCAGGCCGGAGGUCUCCUUCUCGGUCUGUUCGCUCUCGCGCUCUAA